AUGAUUCAUGUUUAUGCUUCAUGUGGUGUUUGGGAAUUGGUUGUAUCUUCAGGUUGGAGUUUUAAUGUUGAUAAAAAGAAAGGGGGAAGGUUACUUGCUUUGGAAUUGAAGUCUUCUCUGGAAGAGUUACAGAAAAUUGUUAUAGAGGAUUUUGGUUUUGAAGAAACAGAUGCUGAUUUGGAGUUGAGUUACCUUCCUAUUGGAUUGAUCAAUUCAUCAAAUUGUCCACCAGUGAUCAUUGGAAACUCAAGAUGCGCUGAUAAGGUGUGCUUUUGGGGUGCUCGAGCUGAGUGUUUGAAGGGCUCCACAUAUUUUAUUAUUAAGAAGUAUGUCGGUGUACAUUCCUGCGCACCUUCAAACAAAACCAGUGCCGGAAGGACAUCUUCAGCGAAAACGAUAGGCAAUCUGAUAAUGCAUAAAUAUGAAGGUAUCAAGGAAGGGCCUAAAGCGAAAGAUAUUGUUCAGAUUAUGCGUAAUGAUUAUGGAUGUGAGAACUCUGAUUCUUUAGCAUGGGAUUCCCGUGAAUAUGCAGUCAACGCUGUUAGAGCGUUUGGUCAAUCGAUCAGAGGCUUUAACACAGUCAUGAGGCGUGUCAUUGUUGUCGAUGGAACAUUCUUGAAGAGUAAAUUCAAAGGGGUGCUACUGGUUGCAACUGCUAUAGAUGGAAAUUCAAAUUUAUAUCCUAUUGCAUUUGGGAUAGUAGACUCUGAAAAUGAGCAGUCUUGGGAAUGGUUUAUGAGAGAAUUAAAAGUUGUUGUUGCUGAUGAUAAUGGUUUGGCUUUUAUUUCGGAUAGACAAGUGUCAAUAGGGAAGGCACUGGAGAAAGUGUAUCCGCUAGCGAGACAUGCUGGGUUGAUUUCUAAGGCUUCAAAGGCUUAUAGAGUGGUUGAUUUCAAGAAGACGUUUGCUCAUGUUUGCAAUAUCAGUCCAGCAAUUGGAACGUAUCUUAUGGAAGCAUAUGUCAAAAAGUGGGCUAGAUGUCAAUUUCAUGGAUACAGGUAUGACAUUAGGACAAACAAUCCUGCAGAGUCGAUAAAUUCUGCGUUGCGUUCGCCGAGAGAGUUUCCCGUAAUUCCUUUGUUGGACAGUAUUAGAGAAAUGCUGACACGUUGGUUUUUUAAGCGUAAGAAGUUGAUUUUAAAGCACACCCACCAUUUGACCAUAGAUGUGGAGGAAAAGAUUGAUAGGAGAAUUGGAAAGGGGAAAACUUUCGGAGUUUACCCUGUAACCGAUAGCCAGCUGCUUGUUAAAGGUGACACAAUUGACUGCUUUGUUGAUUUGGACAAACAGACUUGUUCUUGUGGGAAGUACGACCUUUCGAAAAUCCCUUGUAGACACGCAAUAAAAGCUGGUUUCUUUGUUGGUAGAGAACCAUAUACAUUGACUGAUUUUUUGUAUACCACGGGAGCUUGGAGAGAAUCUUAUCACGAAAGCAUAAAUCCCAUUUCAGUUCCUGAAGAUGGUUGGUCUGUCCCACAAGUUGUGGAAAAUUCUGAAGUGCUACCGCCUGAGACAAGAAGAUCUCUUGGAAGAAACAGAAAACGCAGAUAUGAAACUGUUGAAGACAAAAUCCGAUCAUCAUAA